AUGAAGGCAACCACUUCUGGGCAUGAAUUCCACGUGGGUGGCUGCCACUUCACGGGUCGCCACGGUGCCGUCUUCCGCGCGCCGGCACAGGAUUCGCCGGCCCUCGACCUGGUGGUCACAGCGCUGGAGGAUGAGGCUCUGGUGGACUUGGUCUCCUACUCCUUUGCUACGAACCAGCCACACACACGUGCACCGAUGUCGAACAUGCUGCCGGACUUCAUGGUGGUGGGCCCCGACUUCCGAUGGAAAGGCUACGGAGGCGUGGUGGCUGCUGGCUAUUGGGAUGAGUCUUGGCAGCCGGCACUCAACUCCGCGUACCUUCGAUGCUGA